UGCCAAACACAUAACCAUGUAUAACCUAUUUGGAACAGCAUGUAUGUUAUCAUCAAAUCAUAUAAGGGGCAUAAUAGCAUUUUCAUAUAUCACCAUAUCUGAUGCAAAUAUAAGCAGCAGGCCCUCCAAUUAUUUCCCUCACACAUCUCAUCUCGGGAAACAAAAUCAAGAAAUGGGGAGAGGGAAGGUGCAGUUGAAGAGAAUAGAGAAUAAAAUCAACAGACAGGUGACGUUUACUAAGAGGAGAGGUGGCUUGUUGAAGAAAGCUCAUGAGAUCUCAGUUCUGUGUGAUGCUGAGGUUGCCCUUAUUGUCUUCUCCACCAAAGGGAAGCUCUUUGAGUACUCCACCGACUCUUCCAUGGAGCAGAUCCUGGAGCGGUAUGAAAGAUACUCUUAUGCCGAGAGGCAGCUUAUUGCAAAUGAUCCUGAAUCAACUGGAAACUGGACUCUCGAGUACACGAAACUGAAGGCUAGAAUUGAUCUCUUACAAAGAAACCAUAGGCACUAUAUGGGAGAGGAUCUGGAUUCCUUAACUCUGAAAGAGAUUCAGAAUUUGGAGCAGCAGCUUGACACUGCUCUGAAACACAUUCGGUCCCGAAAGAACCAACUCAUUUUCGAGUCCAUCUCUGAUCUUCAGAAAAAGGAGAAGGCUAUACAAGAGGAAAAUGGCAAAUUAACGAAGAAGAUCAAGGAAAGGGAGAAGACAAUGGUCCAGCAGGCUCAGUGGGAGAAGCAAAAUCCAUCUCCAAAUUUGUCAACAUUUCUCAUGCCUCAGGAAAAUCCCUUUCUUAACAUCGGUGGCACUUUCCAGGGGGAAUCAUCACAAGGGAUGACGAGGAAUGACCUAGAUCUUACUCUUGAACCAAAUCACUAUCCCUGCAACCUCAGAUGUUUCGCUUGAGUCAACUACCAGGAUCCAAGGUUUCUUGAGUUACUAUGAAUUUUGCUCUAUAUAUAUAAACAUGAUGCACUAAGUGUGUAUGGUAGUGUGUACGCUCUUAAGGCGAAAAACCACAAUAUAACUUAAAACGAAGCUACUCCAGUAUUCGUAAGAAUGUAUUGGUGUAUUUCAUCAUCUGCUAUAAAUUAUCCAGUCUGCUAAAUGUCAAUAAUACAAUAUAGUGGAUACGUUGUA